AACAUUUUUCUUACACUCAAAAACAAAACACAACAAAUAAAUAUGUUUGCCUUUAUUGAGAAAAUUGAAAAGCCUCCACUUUUGAAGCACCAAAAAUCCUAUGGAAAUAUUGAAGAGUCCAAAUUUAUAAACAAUAUUGAAACCUAUGUGAAUCGUUCCGAAUUUGGUAAGAAUAUCGAUAAUGUCAUGAGACUGGAAAAUGCCAAAUAUGCAAAAUAUGGCCAACUGGCAAUGCAACUUGAGCACAAUUAUACAAAUCAAACGAUUCGCAUUGAGACUGCUAAAUCAAAUUUGCAACUGGUGAGGAAAUUCAUGGAAGAUAAAACUGAAUUUGAGGCAAAAUUUCAGCCUGCUAUUGGGGUAUUUACCACUGUGAUAGUUCCUCCCCUGGAGAAGGUAAAUCUCUUAGUGGGGUCCAAUGUUUUUAUGGAAUUCGAACUAAAGGAUGCCGAGAAACAUUUAAUAGGACAAAUUAAGGACUUGGUCCAGCAAUUGAAGGCCUAUGAGCAUGAUGUGGAAUAUUUGCGUGAAAUGAUGGUCAUAACAGAACUGAACAUAUCUAGGCUUUAUAAAUAUGGCCAAGACCAACAAAAGAAACGACAGAAGCAAGGAAGCAGAUGAAAAGUUUUUUAUUCGCUCUAUCCAUUUUUGAAACCAAAUUAUUUGUGCAAUCAAUAAACUAAACUUUAAACUAUUAAAGUA